GGAAACACUCAAAAUACAACCAUUUUUUGGCGUGUGUGUAGCUAGCGCAAGCCGCUUGGUAAUAUAAAAAAGAGGGAAGCGAGUGGUGAAACGUAUAAAAAACACGCACGCCCGGCAUUAUUGCAUUUUACAUUUGUGAAUAUCGUGAAGCGCAUACAUAGCGAAAAAAGAAACAUGUCUGACGAAAAGAAGGGAGGUGAAACUGAGCACAUUAAUCUGAAAGUACUUGGCCAGGAUAAUGCGGUGGUCCAAUUUAAAAUUAAGAAACACACACCUUUGCGAAAACUAAUGAAUGCCUAUUGCGACCGUGCCGGACUCUCCAUGCAGGUGGUGCGCUUCCGUUUUGACGGCCAGCCCAUCAAUGAGAACGAUACCCCAACCUCACUAGAGAUGGAGGAGGGCGAUACUAUCGAGGUGUACCAACAGCAGACCGGCGGUGUUUAUUAAAUAUAUACUUGUAUGAAUGUAGUUAAGCUAGUUACUUUUCAUUUUAACGACAAAAGCAGCAACAAAACCAAC